CAGAACAGAGUUUGUUUUUGUAUUAGUGUGCGCUUUAUCUUUAUUUUAUCUACUAAUUGAAAAUGUAAAUAAAAAUAAUAACCAAAGUGCGACACGUAAAUAUAAAUUAAUAAAUUGAGAUUGCAGAAAACUUAUCAGCUGUUGCAAUAACGGUUAAUUUAUCAGUGGGUAAAAUUUCUCAUUUUUUACGUCCAGUUCACAAGGCAAAAUGACGAUAUUAGACGAUCGGAAAAUUCAAAUAGCAGCUGCCAUUAUUAUCCCUAAUCUGGGAGGAAUUGUGAACGGUAGAAUAACGUCACAAAAUUUACCAUGGUACGCCACAUUAAACAAACCAUCGUUUAAUCCACCUAAUUGGGUAUUCGCACCCGUCUGGACGUCUCUGUAUGCAGGUAUGGGAUACGCAUCAUAUCUUGUGUAUCGUGACGGUGGAGGAUUUUCAGGCAGAGCACAAACUGCCUUGACUCUGUACGGGGCUCAUUUGAUUCUGAACCAUGCAUGGACGCCAAUAUUUUUUAAAUAUCACAGCAUGAAAUGGAGUUCUAUUGAAAUUGUCAUAUUGACUGGGGCCGCGGCUGCUACAGCAAUAUCAUUUUACAAGAUCAAUCCAUUAGCAGGCCAACUUUUCAUUCCGUAUUUGGCUUGGCUAAGUUAUGCUGCUGCAUUGAACUUUUCCUAUUUUAAAUUGAAUCCUGAUUCAUCCAAGGCUAUUGAUGCGGCGAAAAACGAUUAGAACCGUACUUGUAAUCCAGAAUUUAUUGCCUUAUUAUAGGGAACAGAAAGUCAUUUGAUUUUCAGAAGCUUAUUGGUUAUAGAAAGAAUGAAAACUUAUUUAGAGGGGCGGUAUUGUAGUAAUGGAAUAGUAUCGAAAAUAAAAUCAAAGAUUGAGUUGGGAACAAA